CGAUCCUCCACCGUUACCCUGGACCAAUUCUCCCUACCGAACUCUCCAGCUUGGGACUACCUAGUAGUAGCAUCGGGCUCCAAUAUUGGGAGGAAUUAUAUUCCCCGUCAAACAGGGAUAUGUCACACGCCCACAAGACCGUCAUUGAGGUAUCAAUUGAACGGGGCAGACGGGGUUUUCGGAUUCGCACACGUACCAGUAUCCACCUGGACAGCGAAAAGGGAGCUGGCAAAUCUCUCGAGGUCUGAUUGUGCAAUGCAAGAAAAUUGGGCUGGAAACGCCAAACCUCGAUCUGGAACGAAGGGAAGUGUCGUCCCAACGCCAGUGUAUGGCAUAGUCGCUGUUGGAAUGUAUAUGCGUUUCUAUCUGUAUGACGACGCAACAAAUGUUAUUGCUCUCGGGGUCCCCUCCACAGCUAAACCCUUGCAUCUGAUCUGGGAUCACAUUGCUAUCCAGCAGAUCCUUGACUACAUCAAGGCCAACCACUGA